AUGCUCACUUUUACGACGACCCCUUCGGGCGCAGGGAUUGCCCGGACAAGACAAGCCCUGAGUAUCAUGAGCGUGUCAGGAAAGCCCUCGGCCCUCGAGGGAAAGUACCUCGAGGUUUAUCAAGACUACCAGGCCUGGAAGAACGAAGUCAUUCUUAUGAUUGAAAGAGACGACCAGCAUAGCUGGAGCAAUUUCAUACUGGACCCUCACGACCGCAUGGAAUUUGGCGAAGGGAUAUUAGACAACAUCGAGGCUUUCGUUCCCUUUUCCAACAAGUUAUACCCGUUUCCGAGCUACAAGAGCCAAGAUACCUUGAAUGAUAAACUCUUCAAGAAGCGGAUGCGAUUGGCCGAAGUAAAGGGACUCAUCGAGACCGGACGCCGUGAGCUGGCCCGGCUGGAGGGAUCCGACUCGUUCAUCCAACUUCGUAAAGAGUUCGUCGAGUAUCACGAAGAAGUGGCAGCCAGCUGCCAUUUUUGUGAUGUCAGUGAUAACUCGAGUAGUUCCGCGUCCACUGGUUCAGGAGGAACAAGCCGAACUAUUGAAGAUUAA